AUGGAGAUUUCUUCCCAUCAGUUUCACCUCCUAGAGCAGCUAAACGAACAACGGAAGCAAGACUUGUUCUGCGACUGCAAUAUCCUGGUUGAGGGAAAGGUCUUUAAAGCACAUCGCAAUGUGCUGUUUGCCAGCAGCGGCUAUUUCAAAAUGCUCCUUUCGCAGAGCUCGAAGGAGACGACUCAGCCGGCAACAGCUACUUUUGAGGUUUUCUCUCCAGAGACAUUUAUGGUUAUCCUGGACUUCGUGUAUUCGGGCAUAUUGUCUUUAACUGGUCAAAAUGUGAUCGAAGUCAUGUCAGCUGCUAGCUAUCUGCAGAUGACAGAUAUUCUUAAUGUCUGUAAGACAUUCAUUAAGUCCUCACUGGAUAUUAAUGAAAAGGAGAAGGAUCAUUACCUCAGCCUUUCAGCCAAAAGUACAAACAGUGAACCUGCUCAUCCAUCUCUUUAUCGGUCAAGAAGGAAAGCAAAGAGCAAUCCCAGGCGUUCCUAUUCAAUCCCGGAUGAAAAGGCUAAUCCGGUGAAUGAAAAUUCCUGGAGUAGUUACAGCAGCUAUCUGUCCUCACAGGUGAUUCUUCAGCGAGCAGAAACACAGCUAUCAAAAAGAGGCAGAAAACAGGGCUCAACGAGAAAGCGCCGAAAGCACCUCGGACUGUCACAGCCCCGUGAUUUUGUGCAGUGUAAAUCAAACAAAGCUGAGCGGGCUGGCGGAGGUUGCAGCGCAUCAGAUUCCAGCCACAUCUCUCAGGUUAGAGGGGAGGUUGAAUUUGAUGCAGAGAAUGAUGUUGAUCAUGAUGAUUACGGAUAUAGUCACGAAUCGGAAGUGCUGUAUUUCUCUGUAACAGAUGACCUACCUCGGAUGCGAUUCAAAUGCCCCUUCUGUACACAUACAGUGAAACGACGAGCAGACCUGAAGCGACAUCUUCGGUGUCACACCGGGGAGCGACCGUACCCGUGCGAAGCAUGUGGGAAAAGGUUCACCCGACUAGAGCAUUUACGUAACCACUUCCAAACGAUACAUCAAGCUGGCAAACUGAUCUGCAGAAAAUGCAAGCGUCACGUAACUGACCUAACAGGAUGCGUUGUUCAGCAAGGAACAAGACGCUACAGACUGUGCCAUAAGUGUCUAGCAGAAGCUAAUUUUGACAGCAUCCCUGACGAUUUAGAUGCAGAACAUUCUCCUGUCUCCUCCACUGGAAACAAACGUUCCAAAUGGGCUUUGGAAGAGGAACAGAAAUCAGAUGAAGAGACAGUGGAGGAGGAACCAUAUAAUUUGGUUGUCCGACACGUUAAUGAUGAUAUUCCAGAGGAGGUAGAUGAAAAGGUAAAACCAAAUCUUAGGUAG